ACGCGAACUGAGUUUUCAUGAAAUUUGGGUUUCUCCAUCACUGUUGCUAUUGCUUGAAAAUGGAGUGUUUCUUUGUUCUUUCACCAGCAAACAAAACAAAUGUAGGGUUUAUGAAACAUAGAAAGUAAGUACAGAGGUCAAUGGCACUUCUCUCUCCUCAUUCCACUGUCAUUGCCCGCUCUACCACCUUCUUCGUCUUCAGCAGAGGCAGCGGUUACAGAGACCGCCAUUUGUGGGUUCACAAAGAAGGACCGGAAGGCAGGUUAGGCUCAGGAUCUCUGCUUGCUUGGCACUGAAAGGUCCGGAGGAGGGAAAUGCCUCUCCAUCACUCUCCUCCAAUGAAUCAGGCAAUUUCAGGAUCAUGUUCGCUGCUGGUGGCACUGGAGGCCACGUCUACCCUGCCAUUGCAAUCGCUGAUGAGAUCAAAGCCAUGCACCCAAAUGCUUUCAUUCGAUUCGUUGGCGCCAAAGAAAGGAUGGAAUGGAAUGCCGUCCGCUCUGCUGGGUUCGAAAUUGUCCCCUUCCCCUAUCCUGCACUAAAACACCCCUUCUUCUCUCCCCAAAACUUCUUUCUACCCUUCCAACUCCUCAUUUCCUUUGCAUCGAGCUGGAAAAUUCUCAAUGAUUUCUCCCCCCAAAUUGUGGUUGGGACAGGUGGCUAUGUGUCAGGACCCUUGUGCUUGGUCGCGGCUCUUAGAGGCUUCAAAGUUGUGAUUCAAGAGCAAAAUUGCCAGCCGGGGUUGACAAAUAGGAUACUCUCUCUCUUUGCGACUCUCAUUUUUGUUUCUUUCCCUGCUUCUGUGGGCUUCUUCCCAAAAAGCAAGUGUGUGAUCACUGGUAACCCCGUGCGCCCAUCUCUCAGAAGGUUUGUGUCAAAGGCAGUUGCAAGGUCACAUUUCUUUCCCAAGGCUGCAAGGUCGGCGGCUUCUGCUCAGUUGGUUUUGAUCCUUGGAGGCUCUUUGGGUGCAAAUGCAAUCAAUAUUGCAGUUUUGAACUUCUAUUUGCAAAUGUUGUCGGAGCAUAAGAAUAGGUAUAUUAUAUGGCAAACUGGGCUUGAUGCGUUUGAUGAGAUGGAGAGCCUGGUGCGGGGUCAUCCUCGAGUGUCAUUGGUAUCGUACAUGCAUAGAAUGGAUAUGGCUUAUGCUGCUGCAGACCUCGUUGUUUCUAGAGCUGUUUCCAUGACAUGUACCGAGAUUUUGGCCACAGGGAAGCCUUCUAUCCUGAUUCCGUCACCAAAUGCUGCAGAAGAUCAUCAAACAAAAAAUGCAUCUAUUAUGGCUGAGAUAGCAGGUUCAAAGGUUCUAGCUGAAGAUGAACUUGAUUCGACUACUCUUGCUAAUGUUAUUGAGGAGAUUCUAGGAAACGAGACGUUAAUGGCAGAGAUGAGUGAGAAAGCAACGAAGGCAGCAAUGCCGGAUGCAUCCACACGAAUUGCUGAACGUAUCCUUUCUCUUGUUGAUCUUUCCGCUGGCAAAAGUUCAAAAUAAACAAUGUCUUGUUUUUUAAUAUGAACUCGUGAGAUAAAUCUUCUUCUAAUGUGCCUUUCAAUUCGAGGUACUUUUUUUGUGCAACCUCGGGUUGGUUGUCUUAGUUUGAGAGCUUUGUGAGCUUGAAAUGAUCGCUCUUGAAAGUAUUUGUAUUGAUUCUUGUAGCCCUUGCCUUAAUCAGGCACUCUACUUUUUGUGGUUUAGGGAAUUACGUUGGGUCAACUUUGGGAUAACCAAUUCAACCCUGUUUCAUGUAAUGCACGUCCACACCAGUAAUAUGUGAACCAAGUUAGUAUAUUGGACCUGAUUGAACAA